GGCGCUUCCCGGGGAGAGGUUACCCUCUCCGGCCCUGACCAUGGCACAGGAGGCUGAAAAGUACGACCCCAUUGGAUCCAUCUUAAUCCAGGUCCAUAAAGAUCUUUAUCAGUUAAAGAAUAAAUUAACACAAUUCCCACCUGAGGGAGAAGGAAAGACUCCAGACAUUCAGAAUCUUGAAACAGCGAUUGAAAGGACGGAAAUGGGGUUAAGAAUUCACAUUGAGAAGUAUUUAAGUGUUGUAAACCAACAUGUGUUAACGACUCCUGUUACUGAUGAGAACUUAUAUUCUCCUGAGGCUUCCAAAUGGUUGCUUCCAGCUGUAAUUGAUCAGAAAUCAUUUAUUUUCCCUCUGGAAUCUGGGGGUAGACUUUGGCGGCCCCAAAAACAGCACAGUUCAAUUCCACAUACCUUUCCAAGAGUAAAGGUGCAGGUUCAGAAAGUAAUAAAAGGGUCCACCAUUUCCAAUCUCACGGUUCUGCCAGCUUCCCAUCGCACGGAUCCCUAUUUUACCCCUGUACCAGUCUUACAAAUGGAUGCCAGUAAAGGGAUUUUAAGUAUGAUGGAGCGAGGACUGAUUCCACCAACAGCAAGGAUUACCUUUCAGAAUCCACCCAUUACACCCAGAGCAGCUCCUCUGCAUAGCUUUGAUGAAGCACGCAAGAUUCCAGCUGCAGCAUCUUUUACCAUUAUGAAGCCCACCGCACCAUCUCCUGCAGAAGUGAAGAUGCGCCAUCCCAAGAAACAAAAACAAAAGGGGAAAGGCAGAAGGUCAAGAGGACAUCAUGAUAAGAAGGCCAUGAAAAUGCCAACACCUUCUAGAGCUACAAAAGUACCAUGGGAAUUUGACUUUUAUAUUUAUAAUGGCAUCAUAGACAAGACAGCUCCAGACUUCUUAGCAUUUAAACGACAUUUUAAUUUAGCUUGGGGAAGUAUUUUUUCUCUCUUGGAACACAUCGAGAAGUUUCUCAAGGACUAUGCAAUACCAGAAGUCAAAAUAAAAGGGAACAGUUUGGUAGCCCUCCUUCCAGAGUUUGAGCUGAAGAAUAGACUUACCAGGUAUGACCUUCUCUCAGUGAUAGAAGACCCAGUUCACAUCCAGAUGAUGUUAAAUGUUCCAGGUCAGAGGUACAAGGGCCAAGAUGGAAAGUUAGAAGCCGUCAUCAAGAUCCAAGCCACAUGGAAGUGCUACAAAGCAAGACAAUUCUUCCUCAUUUACCGAAAGCAGAAGUGGGCAUCAGGUGUGAUUGCCAUUGCUUGGCUUUUACAUUGCCAUAAGACUCGACUGAGGAAGAUCCUGAAGGAAUCACGUCAAAGACACCUGGAGAAUUUCCACAUUCGAGCCAAGCAUCUGGCAGCCAACUGGAAUCGCAUCAGGACUUCCAGGAGGACUAUUAUCCAUAUCCCAUCAUUAGGAUAUUCCCAGCCUGUGCGAAAGCGUAUUGCCGAUAUGGACACGCAGCAGAACAUGCAGCUGGGAAGGCUGUGUGACAUCUUCGAUGACAAUGUGAGCAUCAUCUACAUCUGCUCCCAUCAUAUGAAUGAUGAGUUACUGCUGUAUUACCAUAAAAUCCUGAGUCUACAGGCAGCUGUCAAAUCGGGGAACCUUGAGGCCAGAAGUGACCUGCAGGACAGGUUCAAAAUUAUCACCCCUGAAGCUGUAAACAUCUUCACUAAGCAGCAUAUGUGCCUAUCCACUCACCUGAUGUACAGUCCCAAGGCAAUCAAAAGAAUAAAAAAUCUCAUCCAAGGAAAAGAGGCCUACAUUGUUGGUGGGAUGCUUCACAGAGAUGAUUUAGCUGUGGCCGAUAUGUUAAACCUACCCAUCCUGGGCCCGGAGCCUAACCUAGCUCAUCUUUAUAGUACCAAGUCUGGAAGUAAACAGGUCUUUAACCGUGCCAAUGUGCCAGUCCCUCCUGGGAUAUGUGACAUCUAUAAUGAGCAACAGAUGAUAGAACAGCUCAGUCAGCUGAUCACCGAUCACCUGGAAAUCCAGCGCUGGAUCUUCAAAAUAAAUGACGAGUUUGGAGGAAACGGGACUGCAUUUUGUGACAUUUCCUCCCACCUAAAGUGCUACAAGUGGGCCCUAAAGGAGAAUAGCAGAUACAGCCAAGAAGAUUGGAACAAGAAAUGGGCGCAAGAGCCAGCUUUGGUGAAGAUCUCCGAGGAGCUGGCGGGCAUUUUAGCACAGCACGCACAGCCAGUCAAUGAGAAACGGUUCCCGACGUGGGGGAAAUUCCUCCAAACGUUUCUCACUCAAGGGGGCGUGAUCGAAGCAUUCCCACCUGCAGAAAGUGUCACCAACCUGACAGUAGACAUGCUGAUAGAGCCCAAUGGAGUAAUCAGGAUACUGUCUACGGGGGACCAGUUUCAUGCAGACGGCCCCUUGAUCUCCUCCGGUACCACCUUACCUCAGACCUCAGUGGACCCCCAAGUUCUCCAUUCUAUGUGCCUCCAAAUCGGAAAUGCCUGUAAAACGAGAGAUGUGGUUGGUUACUUUUCUGUAGACCUGGUGACUUUUAUCGAUCCAGUCACCAUGGAGCAGCAGGUGUGGGCAACAGACCUCGACAUCUCCUAUAGUGACCAGCUAGCCCUGACUCAGCUCACCUUAUACCUGACCAAUGGCCAUCUGGACUGCAGACUGAGCACCUUUGAAGUGCCCCGUUUUGUUCCAAAGAAAGAGAAAAUGAGCCGUCUGGAUGUCCUGGCAAUGCCGUCGUCGGCCACCAGUCGCUAUGCAGUAAUGACCACCCAGCUGAAGCACAACAAUCUUUCCCUGGUUUUCCACUAUGUUUUUCUCCAGAUGUGUAAGGCCCAUGGCAUCGGCUAUGACAUCGAGGACAGACAAGGAACAGUUUUUAUAUUAUUUGAACACCUAAAGAGAGACAAGCUGGGAAUGUUAACAAUCGGCGAGGAUCUCCAGGGGGUCCUCGUGACCUUUGCUCGCAAUCUCUUCAUCAUCCAUCAAGAAAUAUCAUCACCUAAUAUGCAAGGCGAGACCAAUUUUAAGACCACCAUUGGCGAUGUUGAAACCAUUCUGGGAGUAACAGAGGAAAACAAAAUAAGAUUUGAGGAACAGCAACAGUCUAAAGAUAGUAGAAACCUCUCUAAGCCUGAUAAAUGA